AAUAGACAUGGAGUGCAACAUCCAAACAGAGCGCAUCACAAAGUGUCUGGACAAACUGGUGUACCGGACGAAGCUAGCGCUCAGCAUUCCUGCUCUGAUGCGUGAUCCAAUAUUGGCACAAAUUUUGAGCCCCAAAGAUUUGGACGACAUUGCGUUUAUUAUUUUUCAGUACGACGGCCCUAUUGCGUCUCACAGUUGUACUAAUAUGUCUGCUUUCGAAGAUGUGAAAGCGGGUGACAUGUCAUUGAAGAACCGUGUGAACCCCGACCUAAGUAUAAUGUUGUGUACUCUGACCAACUAUACGGCGUUGAUGCCUCAUGUGGAACGAAUCGUGGAAAAAAUGAAAAUAGACAACUUGAGCUGCUUAGAACAGUGCCUGUCCUCGCAUGGAUUGAAUUAUCUGCUAAAGCUGGAGACGUUCCGUGACCUGAUGGUGGAGAGGAUGUCAACCACGGCUGCCGAGGAGAUUUCAGCUAUAAUCCGUACCAGGAAGUUCGAGAAAAGCAACAACGACUGUCUAGUGAAAAUCGCAGAAGACCAAAAAAGGCUCGUGGAUGAAAAACUAGAGCACGAAAAGCAAGUCCGGCAUAAAACGGAAGUCAUAGCUCAGCUGAAACGGGAGCUAAAAGAGAACGGGCUAAAAUCUGCCGCUUUGAGGAAAAAACAGGUCCUGGAUUCUGAACGUCAAAUGGUACUGGCCACGCGAGCCCAUAAGGUCAAAUAUCAAAUGCUGAAGGAGGAAGAGGUCGAGAGCCGAGAGCUUUAUGACAAAGCGCUCACUGGCAAUAUGCAUGCUGAAAAACAAUUACGGGAUCGCAGGCGGAAAGCAGAAACGCAGCUGCAGUCGUGGUUGCAGAAAUACGACGCAGAAAUGGCGGUCAAGCAGGAAGAGAUGGAUGAGAUAACUCAGGAGUACGAGGACGAGUUUAAGAAAUGCCAGGAACUGAAGCUGAAGUUAGCGGCUCAGGACAAGGAGUUCUUCCCGCUAAUGGAGGAGAAAGAGGGAGAAUACCACCAAGAGAUGACGGCCAAGUUGGAGACCUUCAUCAUUGAGCACGCGGCCAGAGUCAUCCAGUAUGCUUGGCGCACUACGUGUAAGAAUCGCGAAGAAAAGAAACAGUUGACAAAGUUGAGAAGAAAAAUGGAGGCGGAGAAAGAAGCGGCGGCUAGAAAAGCAGAAAUAGAAGCCAAGAAACAAGAACUGCUAGCAAAGAAGCAAAGAGCAAAAGAAAAAGCAGAAGCUAAGGAAGCAGCUAAAGCUGCAAAACUAGAAGCUAAAGCUAAUAAAGAAAAACAACAGGAAGAUGAGAAAUAAGCUUCAGCUGUUGUCGUUCAUUUUCUCUAUCUUGUGCUGGCUUUGAGCAUGUACCGACACAAUGAAGAUUAUCAACUAGCAUCU